UCGAUUAUGUCAUGGCGGGUUAGAUGUUUCGGCACUGGGUUUCGUUGAAUUUGUUUUGAAUUACGCUGUCAAUGAUCUCGUUUGGUCAAUCGGUGUUUAACACUUACGGUAUCUGUAUACUGAUAAUCGUUUCGUAAACAUUUCAAAUGCUGAAACAAUUGCAAAUGGGCAUUCGCGCGUUCAUGCUAAUCGCAUCCAAAGUAUGGAGUUGUUUUUGUUACAUGUUUAGAAAGCAAUAUCGAGCGUUGGCUCAAUAUCAAUCUGUCAAAUAUGAAAUAUAUCCACUAUCCCCUGUAUCUCGACACAGGCUGAGUCUAGUCAAAAGAAAAAUGCUGGUCCUAGACUUAGACGAGACGCUCAUACACUCGCACCACGACGCGAUGUUGCGGCCGACGGUGAAGCCGGGCACGCCUCCGGACUUCGUGCUCAAAGUGACGAUAGACAAACACCCAGUCAGAUUUUUCGUACAUAAACGGCCUCACGUUGAUUAUUUUUUGGAUAUAGUGUCACAGUGGUACGAGUUGGUGGUUUUCACAGCGUCGAUGGAGAUAUACGGUGCUGCGGUCGCGGACAAGCUGGACAAUGGACGGGGGAUCCUUAGGAGGAGGUUUUAUAGACAGCACUGUACGGCAGAACACGGGUCAUAUACAAAGAACCUGUCGUCGAUAUGUGACGAUCUAAACAGGGUCUUUAUCCUAGACAAUUCUCCGGGAGCAUACCGGGAUUUCCCAGACAACGCCAUCCCCAUCAAGUCGUGGUUCUCGGACCCGCUGGACGUGGCGCUGCUCAACCUGCUGCCGGCGCUCGACGCGCUGCGCUUCACGCACGACGUGCGCUCCGUGCUGUCGCGCAACCUGCACCUGCACCGCCUGUGGUAGCGACCGCGGCGAAUACCGGCUUUUGUACAAAUGAAGGAGGCCGUGGCGCUUCCGGAUCCUAUUUAUUAUUAUUUUUUUCACUCGUUAGGUCCUUCAGCGCUUCUAUUCAAAUAUACAUAUAGAUUUAAUAUAGUUAAAUAAAGUUUUUUUUUAAGUUUUGUUUUUAAAAUGAAAAGUGAUUAGUGUAUAAUAUACCUAGACAGUGUAUAUUUUAAGUCGACCUACAUGUGUGGGAGUGUGGGUAGUUUUUGAAACGCCCAUUUAUUAUCUGUGGAACGCUAUGGACUUGGACCUUCAUGUGUCUCUUUCGCUCGUACCGUGUAGAGCGAGACGGCUGAUUUCUAUACCGGAUUUUGUUUAAGUGUAGUAUGUAGUUAUCUUAAGAACCAUUACACACGAAUGGUUUGUGCUCUCCGUUACUUGAAAGGAAUAUUUUUUAUUAUAUUUCCUUUCUAUGCAAAAUUUUAUUGCAAUCAGAUUUUUUUUUUGUCAUU